AAACGACAGGUGUAUUGAGGAGCGUGAAUCCACUGUAGAUUCUAGCGGAAUGGAGUUCAAAGUUAAAGGACCAAAAAGCUUUAGAGUUUUUCCACUGUGGUCAACAGCUUUCCUAGUGGCACUCCUCCUACCCAUGCCCUUCCACCUACAGGCUUUCACGUCCUCGCACCUUCUAGCGUCUUCAUCCUCACAUGCUGCGAGUUCCUCCCCCUCCCGCUGCCUCCGCCUGCCCAUGUCAACGGGGAUGGAGCCUCCUAAGGUGCUUUGCUACGGUGAGGCCCUUGUUGACCGUCUGGGACCCUUGGGUGGUGACCCGGCGACUGAUCUGCCCGUGAACCGGCAUAUUAACAUCGACGCUCUUCAAUGGGACCCCGUUCGCCCCUCUCGCGUCGUGCUGGUCGAGCGGGAUUCGUCGGGAGACAGGGAGUUCGGAGGCUUUCUCGGCGAUCGGUCCGGAGAGGGCUACGCGGACCAGGCCGUGGACCCCCUCGCCCUCCUUCAAGCUCUCCCUCGCUUCCUUCCCGCGGCACAAUGGCUUCUGAUUGGGACGUUACCUUUGGCGAGCGCCCUCUCGGCCGACGCCUUGCAGGCCCUUGCUGCUAUUCGUCCCCUCCUCUCGAAAGCCUCCCUGGUCAAGUUCGCCAAGGAGGAAGCAGAGUGGCUCUUCGACGCCGAGACACGCCCUCACGUCAUCAGUGAGGCCCUGCCGCAAAAGCCGGCGGUGUUAGUGACAGAUGGCGGGGGACAGUUGGCGUGGAAGGUGGGGAGACACACUGGCGAGAUGGAUGCCUUCGACGUUCAGGCCAUCGAUACAACGGGAGCCGGAGACGCGUUUGUAGCUGGGUUGUUGCACCAACUCGUCAACAAGCCGAGCUUGCUCGAGGAAGGGAAGGAAGGGGGAAUAGAGGAGGUGGUUCGAUUUGCCUGUGCAUGCGGUGCCAUGGGCCGGGGGCGAUCUAUCCGCAAGCAACCCUGA